CUGUGUGAACUCGAGAGGUUUGAGGCGAGAGAGGGAGUGACUGAUGGACGUAUAGCAUGGAGGAAUAACGGAAUAGAGAGGCUUAUGAGCUGUGCACUCUGAUAUGGGUACGAAGGAUUGAUCGCCAAGGGAAGCUGGUGGUGACGUGAGUGAGUAGCAGAAAAAUAGGUGAUAUAGAGUGUGGGUGAUAAAAGGGAUUCGUGACUUAUCAUGUGUCGCCGGCCGGACAUACUUUCAUUGUGACGUAGUGAGGACAGCAGAGGGUCUUGGGACUGAGGUAGUUUAGAGUGUCAGUGUGUGUGCUUGUCACCAGCUGGGAGGACAGGACUCGCUAGCCGCCUCACCCUCAGCCAUUACUCGCUCGUGUGGGUAUUUAGGGAGGAGUAUACCCGUCUUACUCAGGGUUAUAGCAUUUCAGAGUUACAAAUCUACCACACAGCAGGGAGAACAGAAAUAGCCAAAGAAUACUUUAUCCUGUGAAUACCUUUCCAUCAGACCAAACUACUGCUGAAGAUGUCUGUAGAGUCAGCACCAAGUGAUUUUCCAAUUCCUGAGAUCCCAUCAUGCCUGCAGCUUCGCACUGUCACAAAAGGCCUCAUACCAUUAGCCGAGUCCAAGAAGCUGGACAACUACCGGAUGGGAGCACAUGUGUGUCUGUGGGCACGGCAGGAAGGCAGAUCAAUGUUUGGGGAGUAUCGGGCAGCUGUCAUGAUGCAGCUGAGGUUUGAUGGGACCUUUGGCUUCCCAGGUGGCUUGGUAGAUAAAGGAGAAGAUAUGGUGGAAGGCCUCAACCGUGAGUUAAUGGAGGAAAUUGGCUGGGAUCCAUCAACUCACCCAGUAACCUGGAGUGACUACUACAGUACUCAGGUGGCUGGUGACCGCAGGCUGGUACUACACUUCUUUAUUAAGGAGGUGACACUGGAGCAGUUCAUUGCCUUGGAGAAAUCUUGUCUUCAGAGUAGAGAUUAUGGCAAGGAGGUAAUGGGCAGCGUGCGUGUCCCUCUGUACACCAUGGACAACAUGUACAAUGGCCUGCCAGCCUUCCUCAACAACAAGUUUGCUGGCACAUCAAAGCAGCAGUUGCUGCUUGCACUCCAUCAUUCCAAGCUGCUCACAGAGCAUGAGAUCAGUGAUGUGAUCCUCAAAAGCCAAAAUCUUAAGCUGGCUCCCAAUAGAUUUUAAUGUAUUAUAAUGUAUGUCUGUCUGUCUAUCUACUAGAAAAUAAUUGGUGUUGAUAUGCAUUGUUGCCGCAAAUAUCCUUAUGAAGAAGUCUGGGAAGCAGGAAACAUAAUAUAGGUAACAGUUUUUAUUUGCAGAAUUCUUGUCAGUCACUUAAAAUGAUUUGGAUUGCACAAAAAAUUGAAUUACGAAGUGUUGAAUCAAGGAUAUUUUAUUGGUAUACAUAUAUACAGUAUUAGUGUAUAUAUAAUUUAAAUAUUGUUUAUUGUCAUUCUUAUAAGAGAAUAAUUUUUCUUUAACCUACUUAUAGGUUGCAAUGUGAAUAGUACUGAAAAUACAGUUUUAGAAAUUUGUAAAGCAUUGAUAAUGUAAAUAUUAGUUCUAAACACCUUUCUUCUUUGUACUUUAUCUGCUUUUGUUGUAAAAUAUGUAAAAUAAAAGGGAAGAUUAUCAA